AUGAUAUUGCCUUCCAUUUCCCGCAUUUAUAUCUUGCUUAUUAUAAGUCUCAUGUCGAACCGCCGAACGCGGUGUCAUGCGACGGCUUUACAGGGCCGUUCUCUGUGUGCCACUGGUGGUCCAGAUGCUGCAUUGAGGGCCGAACAUGAGAGACUGGGCGCGUUCGAAUCCCAUCCGGAUAGGAUACCUUACGACAUGCGAAGAGCCUUGGAGCCCAUUGAGAUAGAGACGUGGUUUCACAUAGUGAGUGGCGAAACUGAUGCAGAUUUAGUAACAGACGAGAUGGUCACGCUUCAGGUCAGUUUACAUUUAUCGGAGACGGCCGCGUCGCGAUUACUCUUCAGCUAG